AUGUCUGCAGACAUCGAAAGUGUGGUUUUGGAAAAGAUCCGUAUCAGUGAGAAAUUUGCAUUGCAACUUGACGAGUCUACUGAUAUCAGUGGACAUGCUCAACUCUUAGCUAAUGUGCAUUUUGUUGAUGCUGAUGCAAUUAGAGAAAACUUCUUUUUUUGCAAGGUAUUGCCAGAAAAAACAACAGGAGAAGAAAUUUUUUGGGUCACAUCAGAAUACCUUGAACAAGGAGGACUUAAGUGGGAAAACUGCACAAGUGUAUGCACCGAUGGAGCUGCAGCCAUGGUCGGGUGCACCAAAGGCUUUGUAAGCAGAGUGAAGGAAAGAAAUCCAGAUGUGAUUAUUACGCAUUGUUUUUUACACCGCGAGGCCCUCGUAGCCAAGACUUUACCAUCAGCCUUAGUUCAUGUGUUGGAUGAUGUUGUGCGCAUGGUAAACAUUGUAAAGUCACGACCCAUGAAAAGUCGCAUAUUUGCAGCUUUGUGUGAGGAGAUGGGAGCAAAGCAUAAAACCUUGCUGUUUCAUACGGAGGUCUGGUGGUUGUCGCGUGGCAAGGUCUUGGUUCGUGUGUAUGAGCUGCGGGAGGAACUUAAAGUGUUUCUGACAAAUGAGGGGUCAGAUUACGCAAAGCAGCUUGCAAGUGAUGAGUGGUGUGCAAGGCUGGCAUACCUGGCAGAUAUAUUUCAUCAUCUGAAUGAAUUGAAAACCCGAAUGCAAGGCCGAAAUGAAAACCUGCUUACAAGUACAGAUAAAAUAAAUGGAUUCCGUUCAAAGGUGCAACUCUGGCAUCAACACGUGGAAAGUGGCAAUCUUGAAAUGUUCACACUCACCAUACAAUGGCAAGGUGUUUACACUGCUGCACUAUUCUCCACUGAAUGCCUUGACUGGGUUAGAGACCCUUAUAGCUCAGCAUCAGUUGUUGGAAAGGAAAUGACUUUACAGGAGCAGGAGGAACUAAUUGAACUGAGACAAAAUCGUGGUUGCAAGCUAAGAUUUUCUGAUCUACCUUUGGACAGUUUUUGGUUAGAUACUGCCAAGGAGUUCCCCCUUCUGGCAAACAAAGCUAUUUUGACAUUGCUCCCUUUUUCCACUACAUGUCUGUGUGAGAUUAGCUUUUCAAGCAUGAUUGCUAUGAAAACCAAAUACAGAGAGAGACUGAGAACUGUUGACGAAGAGCUACGUGUGUGUCUUUCUUCGAUUCCAGCCAGAAUAUCAGCUUUGUGUUCAGCCAAACAGGCCCAGGUUUCGCACUGA